GUCAUUAUUUUUUUAUUUUAUUUUUAUUGGCGCGACUGCAACAAACCUCUAAUUUUCUAAUUUUUUUUGGGAACUUCUUUAACCUUUAUUACAUUAUGUUGGGAUCUGUUCACCGUUUCGCUCUCGAGAGACCUGUCAUCUUCUGGUCAUUCGUCAUUGGCUCUGCUGGCCCAUUGAUGGUUUGGACUGUGCCUACCAUCCGCCGUGAAUACUUUGGCUUCAAGGGUGUUGAGCGUCUUCCAAUCACAUACCCCCUUCCUAACCGUGCACGCAACCCCCCUGCUGGCUACGAAGAUUGAGCAUAAUUUGAUUGCAACCGUCCGUUCCCUCUUUCUUUUUGUACAUUUUCUGUAGAGAUAUGAAGAAGAAGAAGAAAGAUAUUUACAAAGGGAAUAGACAAUGAUAUAUAUUUAUUCAUAUAUCUAUCUAUUCAUAUAUAAACAUAUAUAAAUAUAUUAAAUAAUAAGAAAAAAGAAAGAAAGAAUAUAUAUAUAUAUGUGUGUGUGUUUUUUAUUAAAAAAAUAAUUGAUUGAUUGAUUGAUUGAUCUAAUUAUGUCUAGU